CGGCUCGGCCUUCCCGGGGAGCGCUUUGCCGGCCUCGGGACCGCGUGUGAGGCGAAGCGGGUGGGGAGCUCGGUGCCCGCCUCAGCUCGGCCAGGGAGGGGCACCGCGGGGCCAGGGUCUCCUUGAGGGGGCUGCGGUCUUCCUGAUGGUCUGAGGAGAGCAAGCUGCUCGCUUCUGCAUCAGAAAAGGUGCUGCUCUUAGGCUGCAACUCAAAGGCAUGUUCUCACGUACAUGGAGGAUGCAGUGAGCCAGCUGCUGGAGAACAGAGAAGAUAUUAGUCAGUAUGGCAUUGCCAGGUUCUUCACUGAAUAUUUUAACAGCGUGCGUCAAGGAACACACAUUUUGUUCCGUGAGUUCAGCUUUGUCCAAGCUACCCCUCAUAACAGGGCAUCUUUUCUUCGGACUUUCUGGAGAUGUUUCCGAACAGUGGGGAAAAAUGGAGAUUUGCUGACAGCACAGGAAUACCACUGCCUACUGCAGCUGCUCUGCCCUGACUUUCCAAUGGAACUCACUCAGAAAGCAGCAAGGAUUGUGCUGAUGGAUGAUGCUACGGAUUGUCUGAUGUCUUUUUCUGAUUUCCUCUUUGCUUUCCAGAUCCAAUUCUACUAUUCAGAAUUCCUGGAAAGUGUGGCCGCUAUUUAUCAAGAUCUGUUGGCUGGUAAGAAUCCAAAUACUGUGAUUGUGCCAACAUCAUCCUCUGGGCAGCAUCGGCAGCGGCAACCCCCAAAUGACAGCAACCUGCUUGAUGGGGUAGAGGCAUCUCUCUUCUACCAGUGCCUAGAGUCCCUGUGUGACAGAUCAAAAUACAGCUGUCCACCUUCUGCUCUUGUGAAGGAAGUGCUGAGUUCUGUGCAGAGGCUGACCUUCUCUGGAUUCCUUAUGGCACUUGCAAAGGAUCAGGGAAUCAACAGAGCCCUAGGGGCUUUGCCAGAUAAAGGAGAUUUGUUUCUGGACCCUGCCAUGGAUCAGGAACUUGAGAAAUUGGUAGCUCAGGUUUCAGGGCUUUCAAUCUCUGCUCCCACCAGCUCCAGUGGGGACACUGCUAAUUUUCAUGUCCGUAACUCUCCCAGGAUUAACUCUCCCUGGAAACCUCUCCAUCAUCGCCGAAAAAUAGAUGCUGAAAGUGAAGGCUCCAAUGAAGAGACAGACUCCUCUGAAAAUUGAAGGUUAUGAGGGUGGGCACCAUCCUCAUCUUUGGUUUGUUCAGAACUCACUGUAGGUACAGUACCUCUUCUUGGAGCAUCUGCUCUGACAAUGGGUUCUGUUCACAUUACCAGCGUGUGCGUGGCUGUGCCAGUUCCCAUUGCCAGGUCCGCCUGUUCCUUCCCAGCAAGAAUGCUGCUGGUUCCCUAGCUUCAAAUUUGUGCAGCAGCUUCUCCUCAGAAGCUACUUCCAGAUGCAGUUAUGCUACCCUCUGCUGGCAAGUAAGACAAACCAGCAGAUGCUAGACCUGCCUGUACUCGGAUAUAGCAGGGUGUUCUCUCACCAGGGCUCUCUCACAGUUCAGCAGGUGCUGGAGCAGUGCAAGUGCUAGCGCAGGCUGAUUGCCAGGUAGCUGUGUUCAAACUUGACCUAGACAAUAGAGUGGUUAAAUCGCCAGCGGCAGCUUUGCACUAAUGCUCCAUUAUAAUUACUCCUAGUAAAGCUGCACCUGCAUGCGAUCAAAGGUAGAGAAAUUCCUGAAGUUCCUCAAGUAGAAGAGCUUAGGUAUUGCCAUGCCACCUGUCACUGCUUCCUCCUCCAUGAGUCCAAGACAUGCCAUAGCAAAUAUAGCAAAUAAUAAGGUGGAUUUCAGUGAGUAUUGCAUGGUGAUGUCUGGCUCCUCUGCUGCAAUUCCCUACUGGGAGGCCUCCCACUACCUCCACUAGCAUGUUAAGCUUAUUUGGCAAAAGUAAGCUUUGGAGGGGGUGUAGGAGAGAGAUGAAAAGUCCUGAGAUUGCUUGGCCACAAGCAGUAGCACAGCCUGCAAACACGUAGGGCAUCUGCUGGUGAUUGGUAGGCAGAAGCAGUGGGGGAGAUGGAGGCAGUUUUUAAGCAAGUCCCAGGUACUUAUGUAAAUACUGGCAUUGUUGCACCACCGUGUGGCAUGUACAGCUACAGAGAGUUGCAGCCUCGUUGUGUUAAUGGUAACUAAUUCCACAGCCUGGCUGCUGCAGCCCUGAACCCUUCCCUAGCCAUGCUCCUGUGCCAUGGCUUGCAUAGACUGAUUGUUUCCUGAGACACUCUGGUUUCUUAUGAGUGUUUGGGAGUCUUCUUGCUCUUCCCUCCCAUAAAACACUACACAGUGUGAGCUACUAAGAGCUGUUAACCCAAAGCUUAUUGCUGUCCUAAGCUGACUGGAUUCAGCACAUACUGGAACUAUUUUAAGAGUAAUCCCUUCUCUACUGCUGACCUAGCUGUGGAGGUAGUGGGAGGUGUUUUUUAUUUAUUAUGUUAUUUAUUAGCAUGCCCUUUAACUACAUGUUCUCUCCCACCCACCACUGAGUAACAAUGAAAGCUGGAGAAUAAAGCACGGUGUGUAAGGCCUGCA